AUGGAAGGAAACUCUGCUCCAAAGAUGGAUUGGACGAGCAAAGAUCUGCCAACUGCGUGUAAAGCAUUCAGACAGCAUUGCGAGUUCACGUUUGGAGGACCUCUAAAGCGUAAAAGUGAAGAAGAGAAGUGCAAUUAUUUGAUGAUUUGGGUAGGAGACAAAGGUCGUGACAUAUACAAUACGUGGGAACUGACUGCAGAUGAAGUGAAGAAACUCGAGACGUAUUACACAAGAUUUGAAACCUAUGUGAAGCCCAGAUCGAACAAGGUGUUUGCCAGGUAUAAAUUUCAUUUGAGAGCGCAACAAGCCGGUGAGUCAUUUGAACAGUUUUUUACUGAGUUGAAGCUAUUAGCUAAAGAUUGUGGUUAUGCUGACCCUGAUGAAAUGGUUCGAGACCGAGUUGUGAUCGGCUGCCAUUCUUCAAAAGCACGAGAAAAACUCAUUCACGAAGGCUCAGACCUGACCCUAGAAAAAUAUCACAAGCUCAGUUGCAAACCAUGGCAACAGAAAAUGCAAGCAUAA